AUGCACUUGAUCCUGACGGGCGCCACGGGCCUCGUGGGCGGCGCCGUCCUCGAUGCCAUGCUGGGCAUGCCCGAGAUCACGCGCAUCUCCAUCCUAUCGCGUCGCCCGGUGCCGCAGCUCGACGCCCGCGUCCAGGCCAACGACCCCGUCGCCAGCAAGGACCGCGUGCGCGUGAUCCUGCACAAGGACUUUCACACGUACGACGACGCGCUGCUGCAAAACGACUUGAAGGGGGCGGCCGGCGUCGUCUGGGCCCUCGGCAUCUCCCAGCUCAGCGUCAGCAAAGACGAGUAUGUCGUCAUCACAAAGGACUACCCGCUGGCGGCGGCCGCGGCGUUCCAGAAGAUUCCGCCCGGCGACGGGCAGGGCGACGCCAAGGCCGGCGACCCGUUCCGGUUUGUGUACGUGUCUGGCGAGGGCGCCCAGACCAAGCCCGGGCGGACGACCGCGCGGUUCGGCGUCGUCAAGGGCCAGACCGAGCUGGCGCUCGCCAGCAUCACCAACGGAACGGCCGGCGACGCCGCCACGGCGCCCGCCGGCCGUCCCUUCUUGGCGCUGUCCGUACGCCCCGGCGGUGUCGACCUGCACGGCCACGCCGCCCUGGAGCCGUUUGCGCCCAAGCCGCCCUCGCUGGCCUACCAAAUCAUGGGCGCCGCACUGUUGCCCGUCCUGCGCGCCGUCUACCCGGGCGGGCUGAGCCCGACGCUGCCGCUCGGCACGUUCUUGGCGGAGACGGCCAUGGGCAAGUACUCGAUUGCCGCGCUGGCCGCUGAGGCCGCCAAGCGCAAGGACGUUGAGGCCGUCGGCAGCCGGUUCCACAUUGUGAACAACUCGGCCUUUCGGCGGUUGAUGGGAUUGUGA